AGAAACUUCAGCGCAGAAGAACUAGGUAACCAAAGAGGUUGAAAAAAGAAAAGAAAGACCUUGUGUGCAGAUGGAGAUAAGGUCUGUGCAGUGCCAGGCGCCCAAGCAAUGGUCUUCAGGUCCCGAAUUUGGGAUGUCAAUCAAAAAUCCCUUUACCUACAGAAUGAUGAGCUGGUAGCUGGAUACUUACAAGGUCCCAAUUCUGCCCUGGAAGAGAAGAUUUACUGGAUUCCUAACCGUAACUUUAACCGUGAGAGGUUCCCCAUCAUCCUGAGCAUUCAGGACGGGAGUCAGUGCCUGGCCAGCUCCUUCAGUACCCAGCCUGUGCUCCAGCUUGAGAGCGUCAGCAUCUCAGACCUAUACAAAGACAACAAGGAGGAUUCUACCCGCUUUACUUUCUUCCGGACUUACAAGAACGGGAUGUGGCGCUUUGAGUCUGCUGCUUACCCAGGCUGGUUCCUUUGCACUUCCUCCAGAUCCAAUGAGCCUGUUGGCCUUGUUCAGAACCCAGGAUCAUCUCAUAUCAUUGACUUUUACUUUCAGUCAUGCUGAGUCUGAGAGCUCUCCGAUAAAGAUCUCGAAUGUAUGGGCAUCCCUGCACCCAGGGCUCCCCACCAGCAGCCAGUAUCUCUGCCAUCCCCACCUUCUCCCUGGAAGUUUCAGUUCUUGGCUGGGUCAGCUCUAGGGGUGGCUGAGAAUGGAGGAACAUCAGAAAUCCCUCCCAGCCAAACAGGUGUAUUUUCCAUGCAGAUUGCAAGAGCCUUGCUGGAUCCAACAUUUGGUUUCUAAGGAUGGCCAGUCAGAAGCUCCAGGAAGCUCACAACCAAGCCGUGUGGUGGCAGCCCUCCCCUAUUACUGGUCCUCAGCUCCUGGCCUUUGAAGUAGAAUGCCUUGGAACAAGGAGGCCGCUAGCCGUUGGUAGCCUUUAAACAUUGAUGGAUUUACAGAUUUGUAUUUGAUUAUAUUGUUCUUUUUAUUUCGAAAAUAUCAACAAAAAUAUCUGAAAUAACUUUUUCUACAAAUCUGGGGGUUAUGGGUACAAUUGUUGCAAAAUCAUUCUCAUUUGUUGAUUGUUUUGGUUUUAACCACCGCAGCAUGAGCCAACAGUGGGCCCACGAAAAAAAGGUACCUACCUGAUCCCAAACCCCAUUAUUUAAAGCCAAAAUCUGUUGCUCCUCUUCCUUGCAUGUCUGAAGUGAAGUGGGACCCAAGCCAGAAAACAACCAAGCAGGAGCCAUUUGGACCAUGAUACAAACUCCUGGUGCCCAUUCCUCCUCAAAGCUGGUGUUCUUUUCUCUUGGUUCACCCAUCAGCUGUAAUGUGCCCUCUAAGAACUGUCAGGAGUCUAAGACUGAGUCACUGAAGGAAAAGAUGGUGCAACCAAAGCUUCUCUGGAGUUGACCCAGAGCUAAAAUUCAGGUUACUUUUUAAAAAAAUCAAAUUUGCUUGAAAAAGGCUAAAUUUUUCAUGGCCACAUAAUGUAAUGUUUACAGUAUCAGACUAGAAUGUGCAGGACCUCGGUUCAAAUCCCCAAACUGCCAUGAAGCACAUUGGGUGACCUUGGAACAGUUACACUUUGUUCUCUUAACCUACCUCACAGGGUUGUUGUGUGGCUAAAAUCGGGGAGGGAGAGCCAUUUAUAUCAUCCUGAGCUUGAUGGGAGGGUAAGAUAAAAAGGCAUUGAUACUUCCACAGUCUUAACUCUGAGAGGAGAGAUGUAGGGCAGACUAUUUUUAGGGUCUCUGUUGGCUUAAGUCACAAGGAAUUUACUUCAGUGCUAGAUUUCAGGAAAGCGUUUCAGAUAAAUGCUAUGCUGACCAGGGGGCAAAGAAAAUAUGUGAUCAGUGGUUGCUUCUUCCCAUGGGAAACAGAAGUUUAAAAUCCUUCUGUAUAAAAGGCUAAGCGUAUUCAAGACAACUCACUUCCUAUUCUGGUGUGCCUCCAGAGGGCACUGCUGUGGAGGGAAGCCCAGCUGAGGCAGCCAGACCUCCAGAGAGCGUGCUGUGGUGGGAAGCCCAGGCCGAGAUUAGGCAUGGAGCAGGUGGCAAUGCCCGCCCCCUGCCUUCACCCAGCUGAGAACAGGAGCGGUGCAGGUGGCAAUGCCCCCCUGCAUUCACCCAGCUGGGAUCAGGAGCGGAGCAGGUAGCAAUGCCCCCCCCUCAUUCACCCAGCUGGGAUCAAGAGUGGAGCAGGUAGCAAUGUCCCCCCAUUCACCCAGGUGGGAUCAGGAGGGGAGCAGGUGGCAAUGCUCACCCCCCGCCUUCACCCAGCUGGGAUCAGCAUCAGGCACAGAGCAAGUGGCAAUGCCCGCACCCCCUUCACUCGGCUGGGAUCAGGUGCAGAGGUGGUGGCCAUGCCCGCCCCCACUGCCUUCAUCUGGCCAGGAUCAGUGAUGGAGGAGGGGGGAAUGUUCGCCUGCCCACCCUCCCCUUUCUAGAGCUCGUUGUAUUUUUUCUCACAAUGGACUGUAUUACUAGUCAGAAUUCCCAUAUAGUUCACCCAUAAGUCCAUUUUAUCCUGCACAAAUAAUUUUAAUUCAAGGGCGCAACAAGCUGUUUCUAAUGGAUUUCCACUAAUGGGGGUGGGAGGUCUGGAAGAAGGACUUAGAUUUCCCAGGAAUGCCACUUUCCCCUCAGAAUUCACAAACAAGAAGGCAGCAAUAUUGCCAGUGUUAUGAACGUGCCUUUCCCUGAUUAAGAAAAAAGCAGAAGUUUCUUGACAGCCCUAUUCUUUGGAGUGUAAUACUCCCUAGACUGAGGGACAGACAAAAAGGAAUGUUUGCAGUUUGAUUUUGGAGUCUGAUAGCACUGGACAAGUGUGUGUGUGUUUUUUUUAAAGCUAGACUCAACAAAAAGUGGAUGCAUCCUUGGGGCACUGUUACUAUUUUUGACAACCUGAUGCAGGAUGAGCUGUUGUGCUGUGUACUGCAUUUGCUUUUUCCCAGUUCCUUAUUGGCAGUUCCUAGUUCCUUAUUCGCAAAACCAAAGAAAAAUAUUGUGGGGAAAUUGAAAAGCUCUGAACCCUAAAAUGAAGUUUGCAGGGGCACAUAUUAUACAUCUCCAGAUUCAGCAGACUCAGCCCUCUAAGUGGACCUAUACGGAGUCAUCCUGCAAAACCCAGAUGUUGAGUUAACAGCUUCAAAAUAGGGUGCACUCAGAACAAUUCAGUAAGAAGAAAGGGGCAACAGCUGCAGCAGAAAAAAACUUUGGAUCACCCCAAAUCACACAGCCCUGAACUCCAGAGACUGUCCCCUAAAAGAGGACAUGUGCUGGUACUGAUCCAGUCUCUAUUUCCGGAGCUGAGGACCCCUAUUUCAUCUUUCUCGCAGAACCUUGUAUUAGACAUUGCUGUGAAUAAGGAGAUGGGAAAUCCAAGAGGCCUCUGCACCACCAAAUAAUUUUUGGAUCACCCGAAAUCACACAGCCCUGAACUUAAGUGACUGUCCCCUACAAGAGGAUGUGUGCUGGUUCUGGGAUUCGGUUUCGUUUUCUCAGCCAUGUCGGACGCUCCUCUUCGCUGGCUCGAGAGGAAGCGGCCGAGCACGAUUAGCCCCCAAAACUCCCAGUGAGGGAGGCUGGGUCCAGGACGCUGCGGGAAGAGCCCCCCGGAAUCAAUGCGGGGGGUUAAUUGCCCGUUUGUCCCUACGGAGGCCGGUGGACGUGCGCGGCGCCUCGAGUGCUGCCGGGCCAUGAGAAACGGCAAAGAGCAGAACUAGGCGAGAGCCUACAAGUAAGCGAAUUCCUUCUGUUAUUACAAGCGUACGUGAAGGAGAGGUGAGAUCUGAAGCUAAGAAGGCUCACUCUUCCCCUUUGCUGAGUUUCAAAAUUUGGUUGGCGCCCCCCCCCCCCAAAUUGCAACAAAAAAACAAAGUCCUGCCCUUGGCAAGUCAGUUUCGGCUGCCUUAAAGGGAGAAUCGCUGGAGGAAAUAGUACGGAGGGCGGUUGGUGAAGCUAUAAAACCCUUUGUUGACAAGCUGAAUGAAACAGAUCAAAGGGUGGGCUUAAUUGAGAGCGAAGUGAAAACCAUCAAAGAAGCAGCGGGGGGGCAGAGAAGUCUGCUCGGGAAAGUGCGUCACUCGUGAAGGCUACGAAUAAAGAGCUUAAACUGGUGGAGAAUCAGUUGAUCGGGCUACAAGUGGAACGAACACAGACAAUUUUGCGCCUCCAGAAUGUGAAAGAGGAGGAAAACGAGGAUUUACGGGGUCUUGUCUCGGAACUAUUGGCAACACCCGUGAGGGCAACUAAAGAAGAAGUAAAAAGCGCCAUUUUGGAAGCCCGUCGGGCUACUUCAAAAUAUGCAAUGAAGCGUCAGUUGCCGCGCGAGAUCAUCAUCGAUUUUUCAUCUAAGAGGAUCCGGGACACUAUCCUAUACAAUUCAUACAAUGUGGAUUUGGACUUCUUGGGCAACAAAAUUAAGAUAUUGAAAGACGUCCCAUUUCUAGUUCGGAAAAGACGUUUUAAGUAUAAAAAGUUCGCAGCUCUUCUGAGAGAACGUGGAAUAAAGUACAAAUGGUUAUUCCCGGAAGGAAUCUGGUUCAGCCAUAAAGAUCAAGCCUUUAAGAUAUUAUCAGAAGAUCAACUAAGGGAUUUUGAGGACAGGAACCCAGAAUUCCAGUGCACCAAGCAAGACGAAAAGGAGAAGUCUGAGGGGGAGGGGGAGGAAAUGAGCACUGCGGCUGCAGCUGCUCAGAGAGAAUUGCGUCCGGGACCCAGGAGGGGAAGAAAAAUUUAACUUGAAAUUAAAUUGUAAUUUGCAUUUAGUAAGGUCAACCACUCCAUCAAUAUAAUAUAAAGCUUUAACUUUUGAAUAAUGACAGUAUGAAGGGAAAACAGAAAUGUAGUGUUUAGUGUUUGUAGGGCACCUUCCCCUUCUUUCCACCCUUCCCUCCCUCUCUCUUUUUUCUCUCUUUUUUCCCAUCCCUUGUGUUAUUGUAGUCUUUUGUAGUUACUGUUUUGUAGGGUAUG